AAGAGAAGUAGUGCUCCUUAAGAAUGUGGAGGAACAUGGAUCAGAGAGAGCCAUUGUUGGUUGGUGGUGUAAUUGGUGAUGUAGUGGACCCAUUUGUUAAGUCUGCUACAUUGAAGGUGAUAUACAAUAACAAGGAGAUCACAAAUGGUUCUGAGCUCAGGCCUUCAGCAGUGGCCAGUGAGCCUAGGGUUGAGAUUUUUGGCUCUGAUAUGAGGAGGCUUUACACUCUUGUUAUGGUGGAUCCUGAUGCUCCAAGCCCUAGCAACCCUACAGAAAGAGAGCACCUCCAUUGGUUGGUUACAGACAUCCCAGAAUCAACAGAUGCAAGGUUUGGAAAUGAAGUAGUCAGCUAUGAGAGCCCCCGACCGAUAGCUGGUAUUCAUCGUCUUGUGUUUGUUCUGUUUCGACAAGAUGUUCGACAAACCAUUUAUGCGCCAGGGUGGCGGCAGAACUUCAACACUAGAGAUUUCUCGGCACUUUACAACCUGGGAUCACCGGUAGCUGCAAUGUACUUCAAUUGUCAGAGAGAGAAUGGGUGCGGUGGUAGAAGGUACCACAUGGUAAGUGGAUGGGCCUGAUUCUUGACGUAAGUUGUCCAACGACGUCGUUGAGAAUCUACUCACUUGACAUUGCGUGGUUCAUAUGUAUCUUAUGUUUGCUCUGUUUGCGCAAGUUUGUUAGAAU